GAUGGCACGCAUCAGACGGCUCGGGGCCAAGGAGAACACGACCCUUCACCCGGACUUCUUCCUCAUACCGGAACCCACCCCCGAUUGGAAAUCGGCCAAGGACGAAUGGAAAUGGGCAUGGCAUCUUCAUUGCUACGGCUUCACUUUUCUCUUUAUGAUGUUGUCAUUUCAUACAGCAUUGUCCCUGGUGGCUUUAAGACGUCGAAUCAAGUCACAUUGCAGAUACGUUGCGCUUAAUUCGCUACUUCUCCUCCUUGGCCUCUCCAGGGCAGUUUAUCUGCUUUUUGAAAGAUAUGAAAGCCUUCAGACUUUUCCUACGCCCCUAAGUCGGCUCCUAUUUGGUGUAGCUUUCCCAUGCCUAACUUCGUCUUACAGUCUCAUACAGCUAGUUGUUAUGAGGGUAACUAAAGUACCAACAUCAAAUGAGAAGAGGAUGAGAUCUUACAGAAUCCUUGCUUUUGUCAUUACAUCUCAUUUUAGUGUCGUCGUAGUUGUCGACGUCACUGUUGCUUACAAGAAUAGUCUAAAGCUACUACUUCUAAUUUGUCAGGCUGUCUUCAUUACUUGGGGAUUAGUUCUCUCUUUUACAUUCAUAUAUUCUUCGUUCAGACUAACUCAGUUUAGUUCGGAAGCCCAUAAAGUCCUCCGUCAGUUGGCCUAUUAUCAAAAGAAUAGGAAAAAUGGCAAAAGAACGCAAAUUUUCCAAAGAGUAGCGAAGCCAAGAUUAAAUGAAUCUAGCAUGGUGCCAUCUAGCGAAGAAGAUGAUAUGGAUUCCUAUUUAAGGCAAUUUGGCGAAGAUAUUAUCCGUAAAAGACACUCGAAUAAAAAAGGAAGAGUAAAUAAGUGCGAUUCUAACUUGUCUACAAGUGGUGACUGUCAGGACAGUUCUAGACCACCAUCACCAAAGGUUUUAUUUAGAAAUUCGACAUGCGUGGUCGAACUUCAAGAUAUUACUGUGGAAGAAGGGGGAAGUCGAACAAGUUUAAUCAGAACAGAGCGGGGCAUCUCCAACCCAGCUUUUUCAAACGGUCACGAUCAAAGUGAAGUUCAAGUUUUGCUCACUGAUUGCGAAGAUGAAAGGCACAUCAGUGAUAAUCGUCACGAGACGGCAGAUGACAGCGGAUAUAGUGCAGAUGGAGAACUUAACGAAGGACAAUUGAGUGAUGUAGACGAGACGAGGGAAACGCCCGAAUACACCUUAAAUAAUUCUGAAAGGACAAUAUCUCUCCAGAGAGUUAAGCAAGGCAGAAUCUUAAAGACUGUCCUUAAAUCAUCCUACGCGGCCACCUUAUGUACUUUUCUAGCGUGUAUUCUAAGAUUAUACGGUAUGUUUGGUGUCUAUGGAGUCUUGUCUAAUGAACACAAGCCAGAGCCUUGGCCGUGGUUCGUAUAUCAGACGUUCUGCAGGUAA